AGGCAGGGUUUAUGGCACUUUUCUAACAAAAAGAAGACGAAACAAUGGGUACUUAUAACGUUGUUUGUAGUAGUAAAUUGACAUCAAAACUACCUCUCCGCACGAUCAUGAUCUUCGAGUCCUACCUACCGCAAUCGCCAUCUUCCGUUAAAUUGCAGCCCAAACGACGUACUGCCAUCACUUCAACCAGCUCACCCAAAUCAGAAACAACAACGGCAAACACCAGCAUAGCCAUGGGCAUCGUAGAUUACGAGCAACAGUCAAGUGGGAUCGAUUCCGCGGCCGAGCCUCCCCCAGGGUGCGAUCGCGACAGCUUGUGGUGGGCCCUGGUCAUGGUCGCAUCCCAACGGUAUGAUGAAAUGACACAGCAAGAGGCAGAUGAAGAAGAAGCUUCGAAGGUCGAGGAGUCAACUUCAACGGUGGUCCAGGAGGAUGACGCUGACGAUCGGUUGGUCAUUGACGAGGCUGAACCACCAACGACGCCACGGGAUGCUGCGAAGAGGAAGGCCCCCGAGGAACCCACCAGUGGAGAUUACCAGGUCCCGGUCCGGUACAACGCCAACAUGGCCCGCAAGUUCCCGGGAGCGGAGAACCGUACGCCGGAGCAGCAAGCCGUUCGCCAGCGGAACACCGUGGCCGCGAGGCAGAGCCGGGCCAAGAUGCGGAUCAUGGAGGAGAUGCUGACGCAGGAGGCGACCGACGAGCGUACGAUCAACGAGUACAUGAAGGAGCGGAUCGGGGCCUGCUUUAUGUACGGGAACGCACUGCGGGACGUGCUGCAGCUGGAGGAGGCCGACUUUUGGGCCGAGUUUCAGCUGGUCAAGGACGAGUACAUUGCGGAACCGUUGCGCUCGUUGCACGUCGUGCCGAGAACGAUUUCCGAUGGGUCGUGCUCCGAUUAUCAGGAUUAUUCUGAAGAUGAUGAGGGUGAAGAAGAAGAAGAGGAAGAGGAGGGACAGCAGCCGGGAACCAGUGCGGAUACUGUAGGGAAUAGAAGGGGGUAAUUGAUUACGGUACUAUUUAGCGAUUAGGACGUGAUUUAAAUUUUUACUUUAUUUUUGCAUUAACACUUGUUUAACAUAUUUUGACAAACCAAGAAUUGUGCUAUAAAAUUCUAAUAUAAAUCAAAUAUUUAUAUUAAAACUCUAUACAUACAAAUAAAACUAUGCAAGCUUAGUGAUAACACAUACACCCUUAGUGUAAAUCAAAAAGCCAAAACUAUGAGAAAGGAUAAUAAUAUGACGAAUCUGCCUAACAUAUGUGAUACCUAAAAAUGACAAUUGUGAAAAAAGGGUUUGAAAAAUA